UCCACGCACGACCAUAACAUCUCAUCAAGGCUGUAUAGAGGAUCAAGAAGAGGCAUCACUCUGUUCCUCAAAGGACAUAAAGGAGGCAGCUGUACACCAGUACCAGGAGCUGACAGAUAUCUCCAAACAUGUGUUCCAGAUUUGAAAUGCUUCGCAGUACCCUUAUUUUUCUGGUGAUCCUGCAAGGGGCAGCAAUGGUGCUGAUCUAUGGCUGGUACCUACAGGUAUAUCGCAAACCUGUCAACGAUCCCGCUCCCAAAGUCCACGUUCUGCUGCUUUCAUCAUUUCGAUCAGGUUCAUCCUUCAUGGGCCAGGUGUUCAAUCACAACCCAUCUGUCUUCUAUCUUUAUGAACCCUCUCGCCAUGUGUGGUCCACUCUGCAGAAAUAUGGUGCACGGACUCUCCGAAUGGCUAUGAGGGAUCAAAUACGGAGUUUAUUCCAUUGUGACUUCUCAGUGAUGGAUUCAUACUUGCCGCAGAACCCCAGGGUAUCCUCCUUGUUUGCAUGGAGUCAAAGUCGAGCACUGUGCUCACCACCAGUUUGUCCUAUCACACUACGCGACCAGUUUAAUGAAACUCAGUGCAAAAUGAAUUGUAACAUUGAAGGCCUGCAGAAGGCGCAGGAGGCCUGUGACAUGUAUAAUCAUGUGGUGUUAAAAAUAGUACGAGUUUAUGAGUUGGAAUCACUUUACCCUCUUUUAGAGGACCCAAACCUGGAUCUCCGUAUCGUCCAUCUGGUCCGAGACCCACGGGGCCUGCUGCUUUCUAGAGAGAGGUCAGCUGGAGCUUUCGUGAUGGAUGACAAUAUUCUCUUGGAGCACAGAAGAGUACCACCAGAAGAAAUUCAGUAUCGGGUCAUGCAGGAGAUGUGCCGUAGCCAUGUGCGCAUUAAUCAGAGAGCCGUGCUGAAUCCUCCUCCGUUUCUAAAAGGACGCUACAAAUUGGUUCGCUUUGAGGAUGUAGCAUGCAACGCAUUCAAGGAGAUAAAUGGCAUUUUUGAGUUUGUAGGUUUGGAGAUGACCCCCCAACUGGAGGAAUGGCUCUACACUGCAACCCACGGAAAGGGCAGAGGCAACAAGAAAGAAGCUUUUCAAACUUCCUCUCGAAAUGCUACACUGGUGGCCGAGGCUUGGCGCACCUUGUUGCCCUACAGCAAGGUCAAACGUCUUCAGGAAGUGUGUAAAGGGGCCAUGUCACUGCUGGGUUACAAGACAGUUAACAAUGAAACAGAACAGAAGACACUUGACAUGGAUCUGCUGACUCCAUGAGAACCCCUUCAGUUUACAUGGGUGUCAAACAAACAGAAUUCAACUAACAUUUAAAGUGUUUCCCCUAGGAUUAUGUUAGACAGCCUCUUUGAUUUUGCAGAUGUGAUAUUAGUUUUUCUCAGUUGCUAACACACUAAUUCCUGUCGUGUAGAUCAAUUGAUACUAUACUAAAUCUUGUCCUAGUAAAAUACUAUUUGCUGAUCUGAGUCAUUCCUUCUGCUAAACACUUAACAUAUUAUCAUGCAAUAAAAAACAAUUGACACUA